AACCGAGCGCGAUGAGAUCGAUCCUUAUAACUGGCUGCAACCGCGGUUUGGGCCUUGGCCUGGUGAGGCAUCUGGUCGACUCACCGAGACCGCCAGACUACAUCUUCGCGACUUGCCGUGACGCGAACAAGGCGACGGAAUUACGCGCGCUCGCUGACAAAUCGUCGGCUAUACAGAUCAUCGAGAUAGAUUUAACGGAUACGGAUAGCUACAAGAGGGUCGUAGAUACGGUGAAGGAAAGGGUAAAUGGCGCUGGUCUUAACGUUCUCUUCAACAACGCUGGUAUUUCCAGUAAAUUUACGCGUCUUGGUCUUGUAAAGAAACAGCAGAUUACUGACGCUUUUCUCAUCAAUACCGUGGCACCGAUUAUGCUAACAAAGGCUUUCCUGCCGCUACUUAAAAUAGCUGCGAAAAAUUCCGAGGAUAAAACGGGAUUAAGUGUAAGAAGAGCAGCAGUUAUUAAUAUGACAUCUAUCCUGGGCAGUAUUACCGAAAAUAGCGACGGUGGUUUUUAUCCUUACAGAUGCAGCAAGGCGGCGCUUAACGCGGCGACAAAAUCGAUGAGCGUCGAUUUAAAAGCAGAUGGGAUUUUGGUGGCGUGUUUGCAUCCAGGAUGGGUGCGAACCGAUCUGGGUGGCAGCAACGCUCCAAUGGACGUCGACAACAGCGUCAGUUGCAUUCUGAAUACCUUAAACUCGUUAACGGAAAAACAAACCGGUUUUUUCGUACAGUAUGAUAGUAAAAUAUUGCCCUGGUAAA